GAAUGGCCCGCGUGUAAUAUUCAUCGUCAUCCAAAAAGGAAAAAGACAACAGUUAUCAAACCCUGUCACCGUCCACCACCCCCACCACCACCACCACCACCAUCACCACUCCCUCUUCCUUCCUCCAUUUAUUGACACUCCAGUAGUACAACAAUCCUCAUUCAAAUGGCAAUGGCGACUCACUUCAACUUCCAAACUAACUUUCUCCCAUCUUCCCGUCCUCCCACUCGCCGCCUUUCUGUACUCGCUCUAUCUCCUCGAAUCUCCUCCAAGACCAAGAUACUACCCUCCUCAACAUUCUUGAAAGGAGAAAGCACAAAGCAAUUGCUCAAAUUCAACUAUGCUGCAACAACUACAACAACUAAACACCGCGUCAUUCGCAUGUCGUGGGACGGUCCACUCUCUUCCGUCAAAUUAAUCAUCCAGGGUAAAAACAUGGAGCUUAGUGAUGCGGUGAAGCAGCACGUGGAGGACAAAGUUGGGAGAGCAGUUCAGAAGCACAGCUACAUUGUUAGGGAAGUUGAUGUCAGGCUAUCUACUCGCGGAGGAGGAGAAUUUGGCCGAGGCCCCAGAACGCGCAGAUGUGAGGUGACUUUAUUUACUAAGAGGCAUGGGGUUGUGCGGGCCGAGGAGCACGCUGAAACUACCUAUGGGAGUAUAGAUUUGGUGUCCUCGAUCAUUCAGAGAAAGUUGAGAAAGAUCAAGGAAAAAGAAACCGAUCAUGGUCGCCACAUGAAGGGAUCCGAUAGGUUGAAAGUCAGGGAGCCCGUAUUGCCAUUACCGUCAGAUGAUGAAGAGGAUGAAAUUGAAAUUUCGCCACAGAAGGAGGAGGAAGAGCAACUUAUUGAAGAGGUUGUAAGAACAAAAUACUUUGACAUGCCUCCCUUAACCGUGUUUGAAGCAAUUGACCAGUUGGAAAAUGUUCAUCAUGACUUCUAUGCUUUUCGAAAUGAAGAAACUGGGGAGAUUAAUAUUGUAUACAAAAGAAAAGAAGGAGGUUAUGGGCUCAUUAUACCCAAAGGAGACGGCGAAGCAGAUAAAUUGGAGCCUAUAGUGCUUGAACCAGCUAAAGAACCCUCUGUGCAAGAAUGAAAGGCCUUCCACGAGAAAUUCGUUUUGUAAGAACACAAGAGCUUGUACAUGAUUAACGGAUGAUAAUCGCAAUUUCUUUGGAGACAGAAGUUGCAUAGGAAGUUUAAAUAGAGACUCUGGUGUUUCGAGUUCAAAACAAGUUUUAAAGUAUGACCCUGUGAUUGUAAAAUGAAAGGGACGCACCAUUGAGUGUGCUGCACAUAACUUACACAAUACAUAUUUUCCUCUAACUAUGUUAUCAGCUCUGUGUAGUGUGUUUAUUGCUUUUCCAUAAUAUAUAGUAAAAUUUUAAAUCAUUUUUCA